CAAAACCCACCACCUUUCUUAAUCUCUCUCAAUCAAUUCAAUGGCCUCCCACCAACCCACCGUCAGCACCGCAGCAACAACCACCGAGCCACAGCUCGACGCAUGGGCUGCAAUUACACCCACUCAAGCCCCAGCAGCCCAGCCUGAUGAGCAGCCCAAGUGGCCUGGCUGGCCCGGAUGCAACGUGUACAGAUUGAUCGUGCCGCUGAUGAAAGUGGGCUCCAUCAUUGGCAAGAAAGGAGAGACCGUCAAGAAGCUCUGUGUCGAGACGGGUGCUCGUGUCAAUGUUCUUCCUGGGCUUGUUACUUGUCCUCAUCGCGUUGUGGUGAUAUCUGGUAAGGAGGAUCCAGAUGCUGCGUUAUCGCCCGCUAUGGUGGCCGUGAUGCGGCUAUCUAAGCAGGUAAUUGGAUUACCCGAGGGUGAUGAAGAUGAUAUUAAAUCAUCAGGAGCUGCUGCUGUGAAUUGCUGUGUGCGUUUAUUGGUGCCUUCGGGACAAGCCUUUAGCCUGAUUGGGAGACAGGGGGCGAGAAUCAGGCCGAUGCAGGAGGCGAGUGGCGCUGCAAUUCGGGUCCUCUCAAGUGCUGAAGUCCCAACCUAUGUCAUCGAUCCAGAUGAGAAGGUUGUGGAACUGGAAGGAGAAGCUAUCAAUGUUCUUAAAGCUCUUGAAUAUGUUGUUGGACACUUAAGAAAGUUUUUGGUGGAUCACAGUGUUCUUCCUUUAUUUGAGAAGAAUCUUACUCGACAGACUGAUAAUUCUGACAAGAUGACGCUGAACCCGACUACUCAAGCAGGAUCUGAUGGUAGUGAAUUCUCUCUUUCGGUACAGCGGGAUGCACCUUUUGUUGAUCUCGAAAGGAAUCAGGACACUGUACCCUGUUUGUCUGGGUGGCCAUAUAAUGGACAAGCGGCUGGACCUGCAGGAAUAUCAUCUUUGGAGGUUGGACCUAUCAAUACUCAGGUAGCACAAACAACGCAAAUUCCGCUCAUGUAUGCCCAUGGCAUUAUUGGAGUAGAUGGAUCAAAUAUCGCACACAUCCGGCGUUAUAGUGGUGCUAUCGUGACUGUUCAAGAAAGCCCAGGUUUACCAGAUGAAAUCACCAUUCAGGUUAAGGGGACACCACCGGAGGUGGAGGUUGCUCAGCAACUUAUUCAGGAAUGUGUUAGCAAGCAGGACGAAGAUCCUCAGGAGCUAACGAGCAGCAACCUGAGACAACUCGGCCCAGAUGUUGUACUGAACUUUUUUCAGAUCAAGGUUGAUAUUGCUAAGGGCAUGAGCGGGGUGAAGGGAUGA